GUUGCUAAGUUUGAGCCAUGCUAGAGGCCGGGCCAACGUGACCAGAUAGUAGGCUAUGCAUGAAAAUUUACCCAUUUGGUGACUACACGCGUUUGUCAUCAAUUUCUGGUGUCCCCAGCGGCAACGUCACGGGAUUGGAGAGAGCGACAGCGAGUGGGAGAGCGUCAGGACUCAAAUACUGAGGCAUGUUCAUCGAGAUAGUCAGAUCCGACUUUCGGACAGAGCACACUGCACUCGCAUGUCUCGCUGUGACGGUAACGGGACAGGGAAUAACGGCGCAACAUAGGCUACUACUUCUCAAUAACAGAACAGAGUUUUUGUCAAAGGCUGAAGGGUUGACAAUACGACAGAAUUAAUCAGAAAUGUCCACCGGCAAUACCACUACUCCUUCGCUCAGAUCCGAUCAGCUCACGAUCAUCGUUGCUUCGUUUUCUUCCAUCGUGUUCUUCGUGGUGGUGGUGGUGCUGUUGGCGAUUGUCUACAGGAAGGACCCGCUGUGCUGCAGGGCCCGAUCCUACCAGGCCUCACAUGGAGAUAUGGAAGUCCCUCCUCAGUACUACAGCAGCAGGCAGACCUUAGUGGGCUCCCCCUGUCUGGAACACACUCACAGCAUCAUGGGGGACAACGCGCCGCCAGGCCAGCUGUUCUAUGUGGGCCUGCCCUCCAGCUACCGGCUGCCUCCCCUGGAGGACUCUCUCCCUCGCCUGCCGUCCUACGAGAGUGUGAGGAAGAAGGAUCGGCAGAGACACAUCCACAUGAUGAUAGCGGACCGCUUUGGACUCAACUCCUCUGGCAUCACUGAGGCCCCUCCCACCUACGAGGAGAGCAUCCGCCAGUCCAUGGAGGCUUCCUACGAUGUGGAAGCCGCCACCCCCCCCCCAGAAGACCCAGACACGGAGCCUGACGCCCUGCCCGGCAGGCCCACGCUGACCCCCUCGCCCCAUGACGGCCCUCUCCCUGUAUGAAUACAGGGCCUGGGUUCAUGACAUCAGGCCAAUGACUUUGGGUGCAUUUGAUUCGGUUCAUAGUUGACCACUUGUACAAGUGAUCCAUUGGUUUAUUUGCACUGGGUGAGUUCAAUCAGGGCAGCUGUGUUUUCGACUGUAUUUGGAGACAGUGAUUGGCCCAGGUAGUACAUGGAAACUACACUGCCCUACACCCUCCUGCCUGUGUAUCUGUCUAUCAGUCUGCCUGCCUGCCUGCCUGCCUGUCUGUCUGUCUGUCUGCCUGUCUGUCUCCCUGCCUGCCUGCCUGUCUGUCUGUCUGUCUGCCUGUCUGUCUGCCUGUCUGCCUGUCUGCCUGUCUGUCUGCCUGUCUGCCUGUCUGUCUGUCUGCCUGUCUGUCUGCCUGUCUGCCUGUCUGUCUGUCUGUCUGCCUGUCUGCCUGUCUGUCUGUCUGCCUGUCUGUCUGCCUGUCUGCCUGUCUGCCUGUCUGUCUGCCUGUCUGCCUGUCUGUCUGUCUGCCUGUCUGUCUGCCUGUCUGCCUGUCUGUCUGUCUGUCUGUCUGUCUGCCUGUCUGCCUGUCUGCCUGUCUGUCUGUCUGUCUGUCUGUCUGCCUGUCUGUCUGUCUGUCUGCCUGUCUGCCUGUCUGCCUGUCUGUCUGUCUGCCUGUCUGUCUGUCUGCCUGUCUGCCUGUCUGCCUGUCUGUCUGUCUCCCUGCCUGCCUGCCUGCCUGUCUGCCUGUCUGUCUGUCUGCCUGUCUGCCUGUCUGCCUGUCUGCCUGUCUGCCUGUCUGUCUGCCUGUCUGUCUGCCUGUCUGUCUGUCUGUCUGCCUGUCUGUCUGUCUGUCUGCCUGUCUGCCUGUCUGUCUGCCUGUCUGUCUGUCUGUCUGUCUGUCUGCCUGUCUGCCUGUCUGCCUGUCUGUCUGCCUGUCUGUCUGUCUGUCUGCCUGUCUGUCUCCCUGAGGUGGCUGGUCCACCUACUUAAUGAAUGUUGUUUUUAUUUUUAUUUUUUAACGUUUGUCAGAUCUUGAACUGCAUUCCUCGAGAAACAGAAAAAUCAACAGUUGAUUUAGAAAUGUAUGUUUGUGUCUAUCAAGAGUGGUUCUACUCUUUCCGUGCCAAAAAUUUGCCUCCAGGUUCCUCCAGGCAGCUGAAUCUGUCCUCCAGGCAGCUGAAUCUGUGAUCAGAUCUGAGCUGCCUACUGUGUAGAACAGAAAUACUAACAGAUUUAAUGUAUGUCACGACUUGUGACAUACAUUGAUGGCUUCUGAUGGCUUCUGUAAACCAGGCACACACAUUAAGUUCUCAGUUACAGUUACAUGUAAAUAAAACGUCUUGUUGGUUGUAAACCCAUUUUUCCAGACAGUUUAUUGUCUCUCAACAGCAAGACAUGAGGGAAGAACAUGCCAGACCUUGAGAGGCAGAUCUCUGCCAUCUGCUGGACACUUAGGGAAGAG